GUCAAGCAUCAUUCGACUGUCAGCGAUCUCAGCCGCUAUAGUACGAAUUCUCGAGCCGCUUUUUUCGUCGAGUAGAAACGACUACAGCAACCAUGUACAAAUUCGUCGCUCUGUUCGCCCUGUUCGCCUGCGCCCUGGCCGCUCCAGCGCCGGAACCAGCACCAGGCUUCUUGGCACCAGCCGUCCACGCCGCACCCGUGGUCGCCGCUGCCCCGGUCGCGGUCGCUCACACCCUUCCGGUCGCCACCAGCUACGCCAACACCUACAAAGUAUCCGUGAAGAGCCCGCUCGUUGCAGCAGCUCCCUACAUCGCCGCCCCCGUGGCCACCGCCGCCGUCGUCAAGACAGCCGCACCGCUCGUCGCCGCUGCACCAGCCGCGGCCGUGUACGCUCACGCCCCGGUCGUCGCCACGUACUGAAUCCACUCAACUGCGACAACUCAACAUCUCAGCCGUCUCUAGUCGAUCCUGCUUUUUCCAAUCACGGUAUUCUCCUCCCCCUCCCGAUCAUCUCACCUGGAAUCGGACAUGAUUCGAAAAUCAAAGCUGUCGACUAUUAAUUUUCGUCAAUAAAUUUUUGCUAAUUUUCAUUCUA